AUGACCACUAGUUACUUGAUCUAUAAACUUGGAGGUAAAAGUAUUGAGAGGUUUGAAAAGGAGGCUGCUGAGAUGAACAAAAGAUCAUUCAAGUAUGCCUGGAUCCUGGACAAGCUCAAGGCUGAGCGUGAGCAUGUUCGAGACUACCAGAUAUUACUGCACUGGACAUUGAUCCUCGUGAACACCAUGACUUUUGUCAAGAACAUGGUUACUGGUACCUCUCAGCUGGCUCUCUGUGCGAUUCUCAUUAUUGACUCCAUUGCUGGUGGUUUUGAAGCUUGUAUAUCUAAGGACGGACAGACUCAUACUUGA